UAUAAACAUCCUAAUACAGGUGUUCUCAAACUUCUUUUCAUUAUUUAAAAAAAAAAUCACGGAGCCCUUUAGGACAUGUGAUAAACCAAAUAAUCAAAUAUUAAACACAUUAUGUAUGCACCAUCGGAUUUAUUAGAUUCAUUACAUUUUUAUUCCUGAACUUUACAUGAACAGAACCAAAACAAGUGUGUGCAAAAAAAUAAACAUCCCUUUUUCAGGAGACUGUAUUAUAAAGAUAAUUUACUGGAAAUAAAAGCAGUUGAAAGGGUGUAUUCUCCUGCCUUCCUCUCAGUGUUCCCAGGAUAGUCUUUAGAUCCACCGCGUCCCUGAACAGGAUAAAGCUGUUACUUAAGAUGAAUGAACUAAAUUAAAUAAUGUCGGUUGUAUACAAAUGGCAGUUAGAUUCAAUUAGAGAUUUCUUAUAGCUGUUUUAAGUCACAGAACUUUAGAUUUGGAAAUCUGAAAAAGUAAAUUUGAAAAACGUCCAAUAAUUGUGACUGGUAUAAUGUUAAACCUGUUCAACUGAGGUAAGUAUAACUAUGACAAUAGUCAUUGUUAGUUGAUUGUAACCUUUAUCAACACCACAUCAUCGAAAAAUAAUUAUUAGCGUUGCAGACCCCAUGGCUAUAUGACCACUGUCCUUGAGAACCACUAUCCUAAUAAGACCAACACCAGUGUGAACUAUUACUACAUAAUGAUCUCUCUCUUAGGACCAUGUCUGUUUAAGUAGCUGUAUUAGUUCUGGUAUUUAAUUUAAAAAAUAAUGUAAAUCCUUCAUCUAUUACUUCUGCUACUGCUACUUUUUCUUGCUCAUUUUUCAAACUUUUAUACAUAUUGGUCUCCUUUUCUAUCUUAAGCCUUGUAACUAAAUUUGAGAUCCCUCCUAGUUCUUUAAAUAUGUGCUCUCCUGUCCCUCCUCCAGCCUAUGCAGGAGUGACAUAGUGCUUCAGACAAUAAAACACUUUCACUCACCACACAUAGUCUCAGCUCCAAAGAGUCUUCAACAUAUGAGCAUGAGACGUGCUUUUUUCCCAGUCUAGCAACUUUAAACAUCUGUUGCGGAUGUGUAUUGCAGAGUAAUUUACAGACUAAUCUAUUCUUUAAAAAGUCCUAAUGGAACAAAUUUCAAGCCAAGAAGCAGAUGACAAUCCUUAUCUGUGUUUUCAGAGAACACCAUCUCUUCGUCGCAAAUGGAGAAAACGCUAUGGAGGUUUGGAUGGCAACAAAUUGCUGGAGCCAAAUAAGGAGGAGGACAUGAGAGAGAAUGGUGUGAUGAUAAAUGGCCUCACUGAAAGGAAUGCUGCCCCUGUGAAGACUGCAGAAGCUCAGGAGACCAGAUUUGCAGAGAAUAUUUCAAAUCUUGUGCCAAGAAAAGCUAAGCCACCUCAGAGGCCUGUCAACUUUGUGGCUCCAGGAUCAACAGCUUUACCAGCAUUUAUCAGCAGUGGUGGCACAAAAGCCCCUCAGGCAGAACCAGAGCGAAUGCUCACUGCCCAGCCCUGGCCAAGCAUCAGCAGGACUGAGGCCCAGCACACCCAAUCCAAGAGAAAAGUAGCUGCUGACGUGCUGUUCGACAGCUUCGCCUCCGGAGGAAGAGUCAGCACCAAUCAUUUCUUUGAGACCCUGUGGUGCUCUGGCAUUUUAAGAACUGACCCACGGAUUAAGGACUGCUAUGCACUGAUGAAAAAACUGCAGGAUUCUGAUGGAGCAGUGGACAUGAACACUUUCCAAAGGUGUGUGACAGGCUUUGUAUCUUUCAUUCUGAAAGCAGUGCAAGGCAGAUUUGUCAUUCCAGAUUUCUGUAUGUUUGCUGAAGAGACCCAAAAGCUGUUCAUUAAAUGUAAACAGCUGUCUUCUGUAGAGGAGAAGGAAGACAGAAGCAAGGCCAGUGGAAAGUGGGGGAUUUCAAUCUGCACAGUGGAUGGCCAGAGGCUCUCUCUUGGGGACUGGAAUGAGCCGUGUGUUCUGGGAGAGAUUGCCUGGCCGCUUGUUUACGGGCUUGCCGUGGAUCAACUUGGAGUUGACCAUGUCCACAGACAUGUAGGAGUGGAGGAAUAUGCAAAAUAUGAGUCCCCCUUUACCCUGAGCAAACAAGGUGUCCCACACACUCCCCUGACAGAGACGGGAGCAAUUAUAUGUGCGUCACUGCUGCAGCAGUUAACAUUAAGGCAAGUUACAGAGGAAGAGGAGAAAUUCGAGUCGGUUUUGAAUAUUGUAAGAAGAUUAUGUAACAAGGAACAUGCCAACUUAAAUUGUACAAGUUAUCAAGGCUUGAAGGAGGACAUUAUACGUCUACAUGCACUUUCAUUUUAUCUUCAAGAAAAGAAGUGUUUUCCAGAAGCCAAUGAUAUAAAUGCUACACUGGAUCUGCUGUUACAGUGUAUGUCUACAGAAGUCACAUGUGAGUCCGGAGCUGCCUUGGCUGCAACUUUAGCUAAUGGUGGCCUCUGCCCUAUGUCAGGUGACCAGGUUCUGUCCAGCUCUGCGGUUCGCAGUACUCUGUCCAUAAUGCAAGUGGCAGGAAUGAACGAUUACUCCAGAAAAUUCCAUUUUAAGACAUCCAUGCCUGCCAAAUCCAGCAGCUCUGGUAUUGUGUUGACAGUAGUCCCUGGGGUGCUGGGCAUCACUUGCUGGUCACCAGAGUUGGAUGUAUAUGGAAACUCGUGGAGGGCUGUGCAUUUCUGUGAGGAGCUGGUGUCAGUUUUUCAGCUACACAGCUUUGAUAUCAGGACUCCAUUCAGACAGGUGCUGUUCUACAGGCAGUGGAAAGUGGAGUCUGAGGGCUACCAAAUCAUGAACAUCCUAUUGGCUGCUUAUCGAGGGGACCUGCAAUCGUUACGGAGGUAUUUCCUCUCUGGAGCAGAUGUGAAUGCUGUUGAUUAUGAUGGAAGGUCUGCACUUCAUGUGGCUGCCUCAGAGGGGCGUCUGGAGGUCAUCAAGUUUCUGAUGGAGAGCACUGGAGCCAACUGCACACUCAAGGACAGGUGGGGAAACACAGCUUUGCAGGAGGCUAUAAGAUGCAAUCAAGGACCUGCUGUACAGCUCCUCACAAAGUACACAGACUACAAGGAAAUGUUAUGAUAGUGCACCAACCCCAGACACAUAACCCCAGACAUUCAGU